UUCAGAGUUAUUCUUCACGGCGAGAACGUGGUUGUAUUUAUCUGCAGUUCAAACAGGUCGAAUUAACCUGUUCCAGCCGUCAAAAGGAGUUCGUCCCUGUCAGUGGAAUGUUGUUGCAACAAUAUAGAGGCGGAAUGAAUUGUAGAUUCAAGUUGCUCGCUCGUAAUUUUGGAAUUGUUAAGGCAGCCCAUGGCAUCGAACAUGCUGCCCCUAACGUGUCGAUUACAACUGCUAGACACAAGUCUUUUACACCUCUAAAUACUGUCAUAAUGUUUGUGCCCCAGCAAGAGGCAUGGAUUGUUGAAAGAAUGGGAAAAUUUCACAAGAUACUAGAGCCAGGUAUCAAUAUACUCUUGCCGAUAGUUGAUAGGAUCAAAUAUGUUCAGUGUCUGAAAGAAAUAGCUAUAGAAAUACCACAACAAGGUGCAGUGACUACAGAUAAUGUUACAAUAAAUAUUGAUGGAGUAUUAUAUUUAAGAGUAAAUGAUCCAUACCGGGCAUCUGUCUGUAUUGUUGAGAGUAUCAAUAAAGCAAGUGAAGCUUGGGGUAUUACUUGUCUUCGUUACGAAAUACGUGACAUAAGAUUGCCGCAAAGAGUACAAGAAGCGAUGCAGAUGCAAGUAGAAGCGGAACGAAAAAAACGAGCUGCAAUUUUGGAGUCGGAAGGUGUUAGGGAAGCGGAUAUAAAUAUUGCGGAAGGAAAACGUUUGGCGCAGAUUUUAGCGUCAGAGGCUGCAAAGCAAGAAGAAAUAAACAAAGCAUCUGGUGCAGCAACAGCUUUGGUGGCUGUGGCUGAAGCACGUGCUAAAAGUUUGAAAGCUGUGGCAAGUGCUCUUAAUUUAACAGAUGCCAAGAAUGCAGCUGCACUUAGUAUAGCUGAGCAGUAUGUCAAAGCAUUCAAUAAACUGGCAAAAAAUAGUAAUACUUUAAUAUUACCCAGUAAUGUAGCUGAUGUUUCUUCCUUGGUGACGCAAGCACUCACAAUCUAUAAACAAGUUAUGUCUCAGUCUAACAUCGAUGAGAGUCAGAUAAAAGCGAGUGCUAAUUCUGCACAUAAUACAGAUAAUUCAGACGAAGCUUUUGAAUAUUUCAGUGAUAAGGAGGAGGCACAAAAGCACAUAGAGAGUGGAAAACACAAUCCGCACAUGUUGUAA